AUGGCAGUCAACGGCGUCCAUCAUGCGUCGCCGCUUCGCAAUCCAGCCGACGUCACCGACCUGCCUAAGGAGACCAUCGAUGCCAUCGAGUCCAAGUAUGAGCGGGAGCGCGACAUCCGCAUCCGCGCCGAGGGCCAGAGCCAGUACAUCGACAUUGCAAAGUCGGGCAAGUUCUCGCAUUUUUUCCACGACAUCUGGGACGACGGGCACAGCGACAACGGCGAGCCCGUGCUCCAGGAUGGCUCGUACUGCGAGUUCCUGGUCAUUGGGGCCGGGUAUGGUGCUUUAACAUGCGUCGCGCGCCUCGAGGAGGCUGGCGUCCCUGCCGAACACAUCCGGAUGGUCGACGCCGCCGGCGGAUUCGGCGGCAGCUGGUACUAUAAUCGGUACCCCGGCCUGAUGUGCGACAUUGAGAGUUAUGUGUACAUGCCCCUGCUGGAGGAGUCCGGGUACAUGCCCAAGCACAAGUACUCGUACGGACCGGAGCUCAGGCAGUACGCCAACCUCCUCGCGGACAAGUACGGCAUGACCGAGAGAACGAUGUUCCGGACCUCGGUCAACGAGAUGCACUGGGACGACGAGGCCAACGAGUGGCGCGUGCGUAUGACCUGGUCACGCAAGGGCCACGAAGACCGUAGCUUCACCGUCUCAGCACACUUUGUCGUGCUGGGCGCCGGCACCACCAACUGGAUCAAACUCCCCAAGAUCAAGGGCCUCGAGACGUUCCAGGGCCACAGCUUCCACACCGCACGCUGGGACUACGCCUACACCGGCGGCUCUGAGCUCGACCAGAACCUUUCGAACCUCGCAGACAAGCGCGUGGGGAUCGUGGGCACAGGGGCGACGGCGAUCCAGGCCGUGCCCAAGCUGGCGCAAUUCGCCAAAGAAGUAGUCGUCUUCCAACGCACGGCUUCGGCGGUGGACGCGCGGGGCCAGAAGGAGACGGAUCCAGAGUGGUGGGAUCGAGAAAUCCGGCCUAAGAAGGGGUGGCAGAAAGCCCGCCGGCUGAACUUUGACAGCUUUAUCGAGAACCUGGACCCGCCGCCGGAGAAGGACGACGUGGGCGACGCCUGGACCAAGUUCCCGGCGUACAGCGCGCUGAUGGGCACUCCUCGCGCCAUCACGCCGGAAAUGGUGCCCGCCUAUGUCAAGUGGCUGCACCAGCUGGACAUUCCGCGACAGGAACGGAUCCGUCGGCGCACAGAGGAGAUUGUCAAGGAUCCCGCGACGGCCGAGAGCCUCAAGGCGUGGUACCCGGGAUGGUGCAAGCGGCCGUGCUUCCACGACGAGUAUCUCCAGACCUUCAACCUGCCGCACGUCAAACUGGUCGACACCAAGGGCCGCGGGGUCGACUACAUCACCGAGGACGCCGUGGUGGCCAACGGCGAGAAGUACCCGCUGGACCUGCUGAUCUUCAGCACGGGCUAUCUCACGCCCUUGAUCGGGUCGCCCGACUACCGCAUCCACGCGACCAUCUCGGGUCGUAACGGCCAGCCCAUGGCGGACAAGUGGACGAAAGGCGUGUCGACCCUGCACGGCAUCACGACGCGCGGGUUCCCCAAUCUCUUCAUCCAGGGCCCCUCCCAGGCCGGGCUGACGGCCAACAUUGUCUGGAUCCUCGAGGAGCUGUCCUCGCACUUUGCCCACAUUGUCAGCGCGCUGGGCGAGAAAGCCGCCGCCUCUGACACAAACGGCCACGCACAACACAAGCCAAGCAGACAUGUAUACCCCUUCACCUUUGAGCCCACGGCCGAGGCCGAGGCGGAAUGGACUGACCGUGUCGUGAACCGCACGGGCGCCAUCGCCGGCAUGGGCGGCUGCACGCCCAGCUACUUCAACGCCGAGGGCGACAUUGACCGCCUCGUCGGGCAAGGCGGCGAGACCGCACGGAAGGUCGCGGUGAAUUCGCACUGGGGCGGUGGGUGGCAGGAGUAUCUCGACAUUCUGGACCGGUGGAGGAAGGCUGGGGACUUUGAAGGGUUGGAUAUUCGGAUGGAAGCCUGA